GACUUUCGUGUGCAUCAUGUCUGGCAGAAGAAGUAGCAGAAAAACCAGGAAGAAUCCUCCAGUGAGUGAGCAGCCACAACAGCCUCCCCAGGCAGAGGAAGAGGCUCAAAAGGUAGAAGAAGAGGGACCAUCCCUGGCAGAGCUGACGGUUCCCCCACCCCCCAAAGAUGACCGUGGCAAGGGACGUGGAAAAAAGGGCAAGGCAAGGGACAAGAGGAAGCGUAGAGAUUCCCAUGAAGACAGUGAUGCUGAGGAGGUCCAGUCGGAGGCAGCCCAGGAGGAGGCAGACUCGGAGGAUGAGGCAGAGUCAGAGGUGCCUGUGACAGAGAAGAAGCGGAGGAAAGCCAAGGCCCCAGCUGUGAACCUGACCCCAGAGCAGGAGGAGGACAUCUCUGAGUGGCUCAAGCUGAACCCUUGGCUGUGGGACAAAAAUGAGAAGGACUAUAGGCUCCGAGACACCAAGCAGGGCGGAUGCAAUGACAAGGCUGCAGAGAUGGGUCUGACUGCAGCCGAGUUGCGGCGCCGUAUCAAGACUCUGAAAGACAUUGCUGUGAAGGCGCUGAAGCCUCCCCCCUCCGGUGCAGGUGGCAGGAUCUGCACCCCCCAGCAGCAGAGAUGUGUGGAGCUGUUUGGCUUUUUGGCCAAGAAGGUGGUGAGGAGGCCAGGCCGGACCACACUGAAAGGAGUGCAGCCCAGACCUCUGGUGCAGGUGCAGGAGGAGGUCCAGGAGGAGGAGGAGGGCACGGACGAGGAGAGCCGGAUAGAGCUGACUGGUGACAUCCCACCACAGCCCCGGAGGAGGGACAGGAGGAGGGGGGCUGCCAUCAAGGAGCAUGAGGACCUGCUCGAGGCGAUGAGGCGCAGUCUGGCUGAUUCCUCAGCCAUCACUCAGAGGGUGGAGAGUGCACUGGGGACUGCUGCCCCUCCCCCCACAGACCCGAGGCUGCUGGAGAGACACACAUAUGGCCAGUGGUUGAUGUCCAUCCUGCCCAGCAUAGCUGAUGACCACUGGUUUGCUUUCAGGCGGGACAUCAACAAGAUUGUGGACAUUUUACUCUGUUGUGCACCAAUAUAA